AUGCUGGUGGUGGAAUUAGCCGAUGUUGGCCCCGGAUUCAACUGGGCUGAGCCUUGCUCGCGGGGAUGCAUGCAAUUGCUCAUGAAGUAUGGUGUUCAUUCAGCCACUUGGACGGAUGGCAAGGGGGGCCUUGCAUCUCGUCCGUUGCGCCACGAGCCUGACUUGGAUGUUCCGGCCAAGACCUACGCUGGCACGUCCAGGUGGGCUACGGCUUGCUUUGCUGUUUCUCAAGCAGUGUGGGGCGUCUCGGGCCAGCGUACAGCAUACUGGCCGGCACUCACCAUGCCGUUUGAGACCGUGAAUGAGCAGUAUGUCAGGCAGCGGAAGGUCCUCGUUUGCGAGCGUUGUCGGCGGCCGAUGGACACCUCGGUUCAGAACCGGGACGCUUAUCAGACUGGCGGUAGCAUAGCGGGCUCUCUUGGAGGCUCUGUAGGUGGCUCCAUGCUCGCAGGGGCAGUGCUUGGCCCAGUGGGUGCUCUUGCCGGCGCCAUCGGUGGCGCAAUUGCGGGCUCCCGCGCGGGCGCUGCAGCAAGUGAAGGUAUUUGUGAUGCCGUGGACUCCACAGGAAGUCAGAUCUGCAAUGCGUGCAAGGAGGCAGCUAAUGUGCGACAGAUGGGCCACCAAAACUGGGGCGGUGGCCGCCUGGGAAGCAGCGAGGAGCCGACUCCUGCUCCCCAGGCACCCAGCAGCGCCAGCGCUCCCGGAGUGGGAGAGCGCCUUGGUGAGGCGGCCAGUGGUGCGGGGGCAAAGAUUGGAGAGGCGGCAUCUGCGGUAGGUGAAAGCCUCAGCGGCGUCGGCAGCUGGAUGAGGAAGUCCGUGAGCUCCAUGACUGGCAGCGAAGAGCCGGCAAAGCCAGCAGCCAGCAAGGGUGAGGCUUUCCGGUCUUUUGAGGGCUCUGGCCGCACUCUGGGCAGCGAAGCUGCGGAUCCGGAGCAGCGGAGAGCCGCUCGAGCAGCCGCCGCAGAGGCGGCCAUGAGAAGAGCUGGGCAGGUGCCCAGUGGCGGAUAUGCACAGACGCCUGCUGCAAGUGCGGCCGCCCCGGCGGCAGCUGCAAGCACCCAGGAGGACGACGAGGCGCUGGCGAGGCGCCUUCAGGAGGAGUUCGAUUUGGAGGACAGAGAAGGGCGAUGA